UUAAUCCGAUUUUGAAGCUUCUCUUUACUUAAUCACCACCUCUCUCUCUCUCUCUCUCUCUCUCUCUCGUCCUUUCUGUCGUGUUAUUUCCGCGUCACAGUCCACUCCUUCGUCUUCUCUCCCUCCCUCUUGUGUCUCUUUCUCAGUCAAUGCAUAAAAGAAAGAACCACUGCCAUCACCACCACCUCGAUCUCUCUCUCUAAAGGAAACUAUCUCUUAAACUUCAACAACUAAAAAAUGCUGCUGCUCUGGCGGUUCUUGAUCCUGGCAGCUAGUCUCCUGACUAUGUCGGUGGUUUCCUGUGCUACUUUUCUCCCUCUCCACAGGGCAUUUCCUUUGAACCACACACUCGAACUCGACCAGCUCAGGGCUCGGGAUAGAGUCAGGCAUGCACGCCUCUUGCAGGACGUUGUUGGCGGUGUCGUCGACUUCUCAGUCCGAGGCUCUCCUGAUCCUUAUCUCAUCGGGAUCGAUGGAUCUUCAACGCCCUUACUCUAUUUUACAAAAGUGAAGCUGGGCUCUCCUCCUAGAGAAUUCAAUGUGCAGAUUGAUACAGGAAGCGAUGUCUUAUGGGUUACCUGCAGUUCCUGCAGCAAUUGUCCCCAAUCCAGUGGCCUUGGAGUUCAGCUUAAUUACUUUGAUACUGCCAGCUCAUCAACCGCUGGGUUAGUCCCAUGUUCGCACCCUAUUUGUACUUCAGAAAUGCAAACCGCAGCAACUGAAUGCUCUCCUCAGAGUACUCUGUGCAGUUACUCGUUCCAAUAUGGAGAUGGAAGUGGGACAACGGGUUUUUAUGUUUCUGAUACCUUUUAUUUUGAUGCUGUUUUAGGCGAGUCCUUGAUUUCCAACUCUUCAGCUGUCAUUGUCUUUGGAUGCAGCACUUUCCAGUCUGGGGACUUGGCUAAGACUGAUAAAGCAAUUGAUGGAAUACUUGGAUUUGGCCAAGGUGAUCUCUCUGUCAUUUCACAAUUGUCAUCUCACGGAGUAACACCCAGAGUAUUCUCUCAUUGCUUGAAAGGAGAGGGCAAUGGUGGUGGCAUAUUAGUACUUGGUGAGAUUUUGGAGCCAGGCAUAGUUUAUAGUCCCCUUGUGCCAUCACAGCCUCAUUAUAAUUUAAAUCUUCAGAGCAUUGCUGUCAAUGGACAACUGUUAUCAAUCGAUCCAGCUGCUUUUGUCACAUCAAGUAACCGAGGAACUAUUGUUGACUCUGGAACAACUUUGGCAUACCUUGUGCAGGAGGCAUAUGAUCCUUUCGUCAGUGCUGUAACUGCAAUGGUCCAACCAUAUGCGACUCCCACUAUAUAUAGAGGAGAUCAGUGUUAUCGAGUCUCCAACAGUAUUUCUGAGGUUUUUCCUCCAGUCAGUUUAAACUUUGCCGGGGGUGCAUCGAUGCUGUUAAAGCCAGAAGACUACCUUAUACGUGUUGGUUAUCCAGACGAAGCUCCAUUAUGGUGCAUCGGUUUUCAGAAGGUUCAAGGAGGAGGGUUAACAAUUUUAGGAGAUCUUAUUCUAAAGGAUAAAAUUUUUGUAUAUGAUCUGGCUCAUCAGCGGAUUGGAUGGGCGAACUAUGACUGCUCAUUAUCUGUGAAUGUCUCUGUAACUUCUAGCAAGGAUUUCAUCAAUGCAGGACAGAUGAGUGUGAGCGGCUCAUCAAGCGACAUGCUCUUCAAGCUGUUUCCUCUAAGCAUUAUUGCUCUCCUAAUGCACAUAUUAGCUUUGAUGAAUCUUCAAAAUUUUGUAAUUUAAAUCACAGGUUGAAGGUUCAAUUCUUUGUCCUCAUCGGAAUCAGCUUAGCUUUCUUUUAUUUAUAGUGGGCAGCAAGGCAUGUCCUUUACUAUAGUGGUAGCUGUUAUAUACUUCCUCAUCAUUUCUUAUUGCUGGUGACUCGGGCAGCUUCCAUUCUUCAAAUGGGGAAAUUCAGCAAUUUUCUUGUAACGGAUCAUCUCCAGUGCUGCCGGAAUUGUAAAUUAUCUAGGCAUGGUCAGGUAAUGUAUCAGAAGCUAUUCACAGAUUCUCAUCAAGUAAACAAAUCUUCUGGUUAGGCAACUUUUGGGAUAGGUAGAGAUAGAAAUAGUGAACAUUUUUUAUUAAUAUUCUGCUUUAUAUCCCAAACUUUGUUAAGUGCCCAUUUCUGUGAACUUUUUAGUUCACUCAGGAUUAUAAAUCCAUGUUCUCCGAAUAUGAAAGGCUUGGGUACGUGAAAGGAUACCCCACUAUACUGCUUUUAGCUUUGAGAUGAGUAAACAUCCACUAAUUCUGUGUCA